UUCCCAUGUUUCUGGGGACACGUGAAUGCAGCAGUAGUUGAUUACGGAGACAAAUAUGGCGGAGGAUGGAGAGACGUUGGAGUCUUGGCUUAACAAAGCCACCAAUCCCUCCAACAGACAGGAGGACUGGGAGUAUAUCAUGGGAUUCUGUGAUCAGAUCAACAAGGAGCUAGAAGGCCCGCAAAUAUCAGUCAGACUGUUGGCACACAAGAUUCAGUCUCCUCAGGAGUGGGAGGCGAUGCAGGCAUUAACGGUCCUCGAGGCUUGCAUGAAAAACUGUGGGCGACGAUUUCACAAUGAAGUUGGGAAGUUUAAGUUUUUAAAUGAGUUAAUUAAAGUGGUUUCGCCCAAAUACCUUGGAGACAGAGUAUCCGAAAAGGUGAAGAUGAAGGUGAUAGAGAUGUUGUAUACUUGGACCGUUUCUCUGCCGGAUGAAGCGAAAAUCUGUGAAGCGUAUCAGAUGCUGAAAUCACAGGGUAUUGUUGUUGUCGACCCAGAAGUCUCCCUUGAUGCCACAUUAAUACCCUCACCUUCUCCACGGCCCAAGAAUCCUGUCUUUGAUGAUGAGAAACGGAGUAAAAGACUCGCUGAACUUCUGAAGAGCAAAAAGCCUGAAGAUCUUCAGGAGGCAAACCGCCUCAUCAAGAACAUGGUGAAGGAGGAUGAAAUGAGAUCACAAAAAGCAGUGAAACAAAGAAGCACCCUGGAGGCUGUCAACAACAGUGUCAAACUCCUUAAUGAGAUGCUGGAUCACUUCAGCCCAGAGGACUCUACUGAGGAAGACCGAGAGCUUAUUAAGGAGUUAUAUAAUGACUGUGACAAGAUGAGGCAAACCGUAUUUAAGCUAGCUACUGAAACUGAGGAUGAUGACAGCAGUUUGGGAGAGAUCUUGCAGGCCAGUGAUGACCUCGCUCACGUCACCAGUUCCUAUAAGAAGAUAGUGGAAGGACACGCCAUCAGCGGGGACACAGAAGUAGCACGAGGAAUGCAGCCAUCAUUCAAACAAGGCACUGGCAGCACAACCCAGUCGGAGAUUCUGAUUGACCUGGUGGGUCUUGACAAGAGUCCUUCUCCGCCCGCGUACAAACCUGAGGUGGCGUCGGUACCAUUUUCGGGCAACCUGCUUUGUGGAUCAUCAGCCUCUGGCGCUCAGUCUGAAAGUGUCGGAGCGCCGUCUGCAGCUCUCUCGCUGCUGGACGAGGAGCUGCUGUCUUUAGGCCUUGAUGAACCUGGUCCUGCAUCUGGUGAACCAGCACAAAGAAAUCAGAGCAACCAUUUACUGUCCUCGCAGAGCUCCAGCCACGGUUUGGACAUUUUUGACAACAGUUUGCCUUCACUUCAUGCACCUUCGACACCUCCACUUUUUCAAGAGUCCCUUUCUACAGCGAUGGUCUCAGCCAGUCCCAACAAAGCUACCACAUCUUCAAGUUUUCCAGGCUCUGUCUUCUCCACACCUCCCGUUUCUACAGCUUCUGACUCUUUAUUAGUCAAAUUCCCACAACCUCUCGGUUCCAUGGCUCCAGCUGCUCUCACGCCUUCACUUAGCGAAUCACCCGCUCUCUUGGCUGCCCGUCAGAAUGUCUCCUUACCUGGAGUCUUCCACCCAGCAUCAUCUUCUCUCAGCCACAAUUUACAAGACCUGGCCAUGCUGGAUCUGGGCAGUAAUGACAGUCUGGGUGGGACCUCCAUCUCAUCUGCCUCCAUAAGAACAGCAGGAAUACAAGGAUGGUCUACUCCUCCAUCCACUAAGAGUCUCUCAGAGGACAGCCCUCUGCUACGCUCCCUGUCCCCGAUCUUCCCCAUGAGCCAAGCAAGUCCAAGCAGGGGAGAGGAGGUGUCCCUGGCUAAUGUUUUUGUCCCUUUGGAGGCCAUUAAACCAAGUACCGUCCUACCUGUGACGGCGUAUGACAGAAACGGUGUUCGUGUUCUGCUCCACUUUGCGACCGAUUGUCCUCCAGGCAGGCCUGAUGUUCUGGUGAUGGUGGCGUCUAUGCUCAACACGGCCCCGCUACCUGUAAGGAAUAUCGUUCUGCAGGCUGCGGUCCGCAGGACAAUGAAGGUGAAGCUGCAGCCGCCCUCUGGGACAGAGCUGGCUCCUUUUAAUCCCAUUCUUCCUCCUGCUGCCAUCACUCAGAUCAUGCUGCUGGCCAAUCCUCUCAAGGAAAAGGUUCGGAUGAGAUACAAACUGACGUUCACGCUGGGAGAGCAGCCGUUCACAGAGGUGGGGGAGGUGAACGAGUUCCCUCCUGCAGAUCGCUGGGGGGCUCUUUAGCUCUCUUUACAUCUGGAACAGGAAAGGGAAAGUCACGUGGAAGGUUUGACUCUUGAUGUUUACCGUGGGCCAAUGAAGAAGUAGUCUCCCUCAGAGCAGUGAAACGCAGAAACAAGUUCAUGUGAACUGGUUAAGUGUGAUGACGGUAUGUUGUUAACGUAAGUUAUUAUUAAGUUCUAACUCUUAAUGCAUUACUUUGCUUCCAUUUUAUUGUUUCUUUGAGAUUUUGUCCCAUUUGAGCUGUUUGGAGCAGAUUACCUCACAAGACAAACGGCACCUUUAGGUGCAGUUGUAUAAAUAUGAGACCAAAAGCUGAUAAUCAUGUUAAACUGAUGUAAAAGCUUCCUGACUGAGUGGCCUUUGUUUGGUCUGACGCGUACGCUCAUAAAUAUCCAUGAAAUACAGAAAGAGAAUAUAAAUCUUUAUAGCAUAAAGCUGCAUUAACUGCUGGGGUGUUGGAGCUGGUUUAAAUCGGCGGCUGUUGGCUUAUCAGCCACAUUGGACGUAUAUUUCUCCAGACAGGCUGUUGAGGAAGCUAUCUAUAAAUGUUCUAGUUAUUUAUAAUACCGUAAAUCCUCUAAUACAGGCCCGGGCCUGUAUUAGAGGAUUUACGGUAUUUAUGCACAAACCGAUAUCUAAUGACCCUGUUGAUGUCCUGCUGUUGAUGCAUUUAAAACAUAAAAAUCCUAGCCGUUGCUCCGCCAGCGCCCCGUCGGAGUCGGCUUACGUCUGAUCUUCCUGCUCUGGUUACUCCUGAGUACUUGUGGAGUUACUUUACUUAGCACUGUUUUAUCACGAGUUUCAGUAUUGUCCUGUUGUUUGAGAAAAAUAUUUGUUGAGCAUUAUUGCUGUUUUCCUUCUGGAUAAACCUCUAAAUAUGGACGCUUAAACGUACGACAUGAUCAGAUGUGUGAAGUUCUGCUACAUUAUUAGACCACUCUGGUGUGAAUCCUGAUCUGCUACAUGUAUUACAAGCAUUUUUAAUUUUGAAAUAUCUGCAAAUUAAAAGCACUGUGCCGGAGACAAUAGUGCUUAUUUGUUUAACCCGAGCUGCUGACGAGUACUAUGGUAAAUAACAUGUUACAUAUUGUACAUCUGGUGUUAAAUGACCUGGAAACUGAACUAUAGUGGUAGUUUAAAUGCUUUACUAGUGUGGGAGUUUAAUUAAAGUGAAAACAAAAAUGGUUUUGUUUACACUGCGAAACAAUAAAUGACAUAAGUGGUAAUGUUUUCAUUUAUUAUUGUCUUUUAUGAGUUAUUGGUGUUAAGUGAAACACUGCAUAAUUGUUAUGAAUGAAGUAUUUAUGCUUUUGAGGUGAUUAAAAUGUCAUGGCAUAUUUUUGAAAAGCUAUUAGUGUGCAUGGGGAAAUAAAGGAGAUGACUCUAUUUGUACUACACU